AUGACGAAAUUCGAACAAGUUCUGGGCACUAUUGGAGAAUUUGGACUUUAUCAAAAAUUUGUUUUUCUGUUACUGUGCUUGGCAUAUGUAACUGCUGCAUUCCAUAUGUUAAUUAGCGUUUUUCUACUUGGCAUUCCAAACCACAGAUGUGCUAUACCAGGAUACCCUAACGAUACAUACGCUAUCCAAAGCUCCUAUCACGAAGCCUUGGUCAACCGACAUGUACCAACAUCGACGGACGAAACUCUCAAAUACGUCCAGUGUAACCUGUAUGACCGUUCGUAUGACGGCGACGACAACUCUACUGACCUGAAGGCCUGUUCAUCUUGGGUCUACGAUAAGAGCGUCUUCAUCAACACCUUCACCUCUGAGCAUGACAUCGUUUGUGAAGACAAGUUUAAGACAUCACACGCUCAGACGAUUUUCUUCGGUGGUGUGUUUGUAGGGGCUAUCGGAUUUGGAUCACUGUCAGAUAUAAUCGGACGAAAGAAGACUUUGUAUAUUUCAUUGUUGUUGUUGCUUGGAACGACUUUAGGUGUAGCAUGGGCUCCGGAUUUCGUCACAUUCUGUGUACUACGUUUUUUGGUAGGAGCGUCCUGUGCUGGAAUGUUUAUGACUGCCUUUGUCAUUAGUAUGGAGAUGGUUGGUCCCUCCAAACGUAUGUGGGCCGGUAUUGUCAUUGAGUAUUUUUCCGCUUUGGGACUAGUCAUCCUUGGAGGGGUGGGCUAUGCCUUCAGGCAAUGGAAAUAUACCGAAGUUGCGUGUUCAGCACCAAUUGCUUUUUUCCUUUUGUACUGGUGGCUUAUUCCCGAGUCACCGAGAUGGUUGGUCAGUCAAAGUAAAAUCGAUGAGGCCAACAAGAUCAUCAAGAAGGCGGCUAAAGUCAACAAGGUGACAAUCCCAGAGAAUAUACUGACAGCCGACUCUAAUGACGAAGCGGAAGCUGGUCGUCUCUGGCACCUGUUUACGUCACGUGUCCUCCUCAUCAGGACGCUCAUCAUAUUCUUCAAUUGGGCUGUGGUGAGCAUGGUUUACUAUGGGUUCUCUUUAAAUACCGGGAAUCUCGGAGGCGACUUCUACUUGAACUUCCUGUUGUCCGGUCUGGUCGAGUUUCCCGCCUAUACGCUAUGCCUUUUGCUCCUUGACCGGGUUGGUAGACGACUUUUACAUGCUUCCUGCAUGAUUGUUGGUGGUGUGGCGUGUAUUAUUACCCUUUUCCCUAUGAUAUUCGCCGAUCAAAGUCUCCAGCCAAUAACGGUUACCCUGGCUAUGUUGGGCAAGGUUGGUGUGACCGCUGCCUACGCAGUGAUAUAUGUAUGGUCAGCUGAGUUAUAUCCUACAGUUGUCAGAACUGUUGGCAUGGGCGCCAGCUCCUCGUGCGCUCGUAUAGGAGGCAUGAUUUCACCGUACAUUGCCGACCUGAACAAGGUGAUUGACGGUAACCUAGGACGUGCAGUGCCUCUGGUCGUGUUCGGCACGAUGUCGGUCGGUGCUGGGAUUCUGUCACUUUGGUUACCAGAAACUAACAAAAGGGAUCUUCCUGAAACUCUAGAGGAUAGCAAAAGAUUCGGUCAAAAAGAGUCGUCAGAAAAUUACGAGCCAAAGCUUAGUUUUGACAACAAAGGUUUUGAUUCCGAACAAGGCAUCACUAACAGGAUAACGGAAGACUACACAGGCAUAAAACUAUGAAGAAAUAUCUGAACGUUUAACAUCCAGUUGGGUUAGUCAAAUAAUCUAGGAAUUAUAUACAGAAAUGGAAACUAUCCAAAUGUGUUUUAUCCCUUCUCUUGAACUUAACAUUUUAUUUUGAGGCUGAAUAUUAGGUACUGUUAGAGUUUCUGUGACUUGUAGUCGUUGCUGAAUUCUGUUUAUUAAGAUAGGAUUAGUGCAGAUACUCUUUCCCUUUGACCAACGAAACGUGAUUUAGAUAAAGUUAAACUUGAGGGGUAAAACACACAUGAAAAUUGAAAAAUUAGAAGACAAACGUAAUUGAU